AAGAGAGAAAAAUAUGGAAGACUUGUGUUAUUGCACGCUAGUGACUAAUGCGCCAUUCGGCUGUUUUAAAGUUAUUCAUUUUGUUAAAAUACUAACAAGAAGUCAUCAAUGGGUUUGUAUGGUUUGCUAAUUUCUUUUAAUAAACAAUAAUUAGAAACAUGAAUUGUGAAAGAGAUUAUUGAUAGUGUCAAACUCCCCUACCCCUGCCUAGACUUCGACAUUGACAUUCAUAAUAAUCUUUACACUUUACUAGUAAAAAUCUACGGCACGGCUACGCCUCCACGGGUCGACUUCACUCAGACUCGGACUCACUACUCAUAUACUGACUCAGUCAGCAGUAAGUUACAUGUUAGCCUACGCUUAUAAACACAUUCCUCAACUCAGAGUCUGACUAUAACCAAUAGGCCUAUUUACUUAUUAACUAUUAUAAUUAACCAGUAUUUACUUGUAUUGUAGACCUACCUAAAACAGUCAUCAUGAGGAGUCAAGCAAAGUGAUUUAUAAGAUGAAUUUUUUUUAAAUUUGGGCCCUUUCUUAUAGCUUGCUACUACUUGGAUUACUAUAAGGCAGGGGUCUCCAAACUACAGCCCGCGGGCCGCAUAUGUGGCCCGCGAGGCCCUCUCAUGCGGCCGCGAUACCUUUUUGUCUAAGGAAAAAAUUACGGAAAUGUACGUGUAUCCUGCCAAGAUCAGACGCCGCUUACAUGGACAUUAUGUAUUUAAAAUUUACCUAAUUAAAAAUAGAGGCGCGAAGUAUUGCUUUAUAUGUUUUCUAACCGAUCAUUGCUUUGUAAAACCUUAUUCGCUGCUUCGUUUUUCUACUUCCGUUCACAGUCAAUGAAAUGAGAAUAUAUAACGCCAUCUAGUGGCGAAGCUUUGCCCACCGUAUGCAGACAUGGGUGAAAACAUUGUGACUCAAAUAGUGAAAAAUGCAAGAAAGUUUCGCCAAUUUUUAAUUUCACUGGAUGAAUUGCUGGACAGCUGUUGCACCUCUCAACUGCUUGUGUUCGUUAGGGGGGUGUGGAUGAAGACAUGAACAUAACACAAGAGCUGGCUUCCCAAAAUAACAUGUACGGAACUGUUACCGAUGAGUUGAAAAAAAAAAAUUGCUGAUUAUAACUUGGACAAGGAGAGGAAAAUCUAGUUUCUGAUGUAUACACCCACCUAAAGGCCUUCAGAUCAAAAUUUGUCUAUGUUUUUUUGAACAAAUACAGGCUAACAACUUGACGCACUUUCAGCAGUGGACGGUCUUCAUGGCUGAAAAAACAGCGGAGUUCUCCACGUCAUUUGGAUGGGAGAUCAUCAAAGACCUCCAGUUCUUACUUGAAUUUAAAGGCAGAAGAAGUGAGACUGUUUCAAAACCCAUUUGAAACAGAUGUGGCCAGUCGCCCAGAUGAAUUGCACCUGGAGGUCAUUGAGUUGCAAGCAAAUGGCCUCAUUAGGGACACGUUCAAAGAAGGACUGGUGGGUUUUUACUAGUUUUCGCCCAAGGAAGACUUUCCUAAUUUCAAAACUUUUGCAUCAAAGUACCUUUCAAUCUUUGGAACAACAUACCCUUGCGAACAAACAUUUUCAAGAACGAAAUACUAAUACGUGAAGUACAAUUUGAGAACAAAUUUGUCCGAUGAUAAUCUCAGGUCACUGUUGAUGUUAGGGACAUAAAAAUCUAAAUCCAGAAAUGUCUGCUAAUUACUGCUAUUUUGGUAUCCAGGAAACAAUUUCACCAUUCUUACUAAUACAGGUGUUCAUGUGUGGGUUAUCAAUGUGUUAUUAAAUAGUAUCCGAAUGAAAUAAUAAUACAUAAAUAAUUAAAAACAACAUCCUUGUUUUGAUUCUUUUUUAUUUGGACCUCGAGUUUGUAGUCGGCCCCCGAACUGCUGUUUGAUAGUUAAUGCGGCCCUCUGGCUGAAAAGUUUGGAGACCCCUGCUAUAAUGCAUAAAGAUUAGCACUAGAAUUGAGUAAUUAAAUCAGAGACCAUCAGAGAAGAAUCAGAAAACAUAGGCCUCAGUCUCUCUCACACAGGGCACAGGGGAUUAGGCUUAGGACAAUGAUAAUGAUUCAAAUGAAUGACUGACAUGUGCAGAAUCCGAUAUUAAAAAAACUUUUAGGUUAGACCUAUAAUUUUAAAAAAAACAAAAAACUAUUAAUAAGACAUAGACAGUGAAUGUUGGUUUGAUAAACCACUCAUUUCUCAUGGUUGCCAUCUUGACUCGUAACAACCAAGAUGGAAGCCUUUAAAUUUAACUAAAAAAAGUAGUGCAUACACACCUCUGCGAACAUGGGGAGAAGAAAUAGAGAGAAUGUCCUGUUUUAGCUACUUAGAAAGAAAAACAAAAAUAGGAACAAACGUUAAAAUUUAAUAAAAUAAUUUCAGCCGUCACAUUAAUUUCCUGGCGAACAUAGUUACUUUAUUGUAUCCCUCUAGAUAUGCGGCAAGAAGUGUCAACGAAGUGCUAUCGUCCCCUUUCAUGGCAUAAUUUCAGCCGGUACAUUAACUUAGUGACGAACAUAGCAACUUUAGUGUAUCCCUCGCUAGCUGGCGUAAUUUCAGCCACUACAUUAAUUUCGUGGCGAACAUAGCAACUUUAUUGUAUCCUUCUAGUUAUGCUGCACGAAGUGUCAACGACCUCCGGUCUCUCCCUUCCCUCAACUAAAACAAGUGUGCUACAGUUACAUACUGUGGUAAGAAAAGUGUAAUGAAGAAAAACAAUAUAAAUUUUUGUUUAGUAAUGAUAAACCAAAUUACAGUUUCAUAUAAUACACUUUUACACACUUUAUUGCAGGUUCCGACAAAAAUAAAAUCCAUAAUUUGUCAGAAAUCAAUACAAUACUCAUUUUACAAAACUCUGAAAAUUAUUGAAAUUAUAAUCUAAAACAUUGUAUCCUCUAUUAAUAUUAAAAAAAGAAAAGGUAACUCUAGUAACUCUCCAAGAAUUAACUAAAGGGAAGUAUGUGCAGCAUGGUAGUAAGGCACUCUGAAGCCAAAGGAUUCCAAUUAAAUGUUGAAGUAACUUAAUUUUUUUUUUAUUUCUAAAAUUUUGAAAAUAUUUUCUGUACAGACUUUCUUUGCUUUAUGAAUGUUAGGAAAAUUAUUUUCUACUUUUUAAUGCGUUUAAACUCCUUGUUAAUAGAAAGUCUUUUGUAAAAAAAAUAUAUUUUCUACUUUUUAGUAUGAAAAUGUUCAUCUGUAAAUAAUCCACAAAAGAAUAUUUUGUUUAAAAACAAAGAAUGCUUUCAAAAUCCAGCUUAUAAUGACUUAGCUCUUCACCUUAGAAAGUGUAAAUGUCAAUUUUGUUGCUUUUCUAAGCCAGUAGACUAAUUAUUUUAAAAGCAAUGUCUUUUUUUUUCCACAUAGCAUUUUUGAAAUGCUCUACAUUACAAACUUUGUUUCACUUAAAAACCAUUUUGUUUAUUUUGUGAAACUUAAGAUUACUUAACCUUCUUAAUAAUGUUACAUCAUGAUAUAUUUGCAGAUUGCAUGAACAAGUGAUUUGGAAUCAAUUCCCCCCGUGUUUGAUGCCCAGCUUUAGUGCUACCAAUUAUGUGGUCAACUUCUUAUAAAUGAUGGUUAUGUAAAGUUCCCUAUUUGUCAACCAGCAUCAUGUCUCACCUUGGUGAGCAAGAGAAGCUAGUCAAUGAUUACUCAUCUGAGCGUUUCAUAGAUGAGAGUGACAGCGAUGAACCAGAGAGUGACCAUCUCAUCCAAGAAAGCAGAUCACAGAACGUGAAUGAUAUAAAUGAUAAGGUCACCGGAGGCAGCCUGAUGAAGCCAAGCCAAAAUGUUGAAGAGAAUCCUCAUGUAAAUGGUAAUUAUUCUUCACCGUCCACCAUCAGUCCUGGUUCAGAUGACUUGGGCAGUGAAAAAAGUUCCAACAAAUUUGUUAAGUUCUUUGGAGGCAAAGAUAUAUAUGACCUGAAAAGUACAGAUGCUACACCUGUUGUGGUGUCUCUUAAGCCACUAACGAGCAGCGAGGACCAGAUGUCACAAGACAAUAACGAUUGUAAUACUUUUUCAGAUGACUCGCCUGCCAUUUUGGACUUAGGUAGACCUUAUAACACUACUGAGCCGAUAAGCUCAGGGAAAGACAAUGACAGCACUAGUCCAUCAGAUUCUAAUGAAGCUAAGUCACCUUCUACUGUAGAGCCAUCUGAGCAAGGUGGCCAUAAGCACUUUGAUGUGACUAAUGUUGAUGAGUCAGCACUAAAAACUGAAAAUGAAGUCAAAGACCAAAUAUCUGAUAUCAAGUCUGAAUCUCAAAGACCAUCACUUUUAAAAGUUGCAAGCUCCACAUCAGAUGGUUUUUCUGGCCAAAGUAAUAUCAGUUAUAACCAGGAUACAAUCGGACCCUUGGAUAAUCCUGAUUUCCUGAAGAGACUACAAUACUCUGUCAGGUAAGUUCUUUGCAAGGGAGUAAGAGGCGUAUCUAACUUCAUGUUGUAUAUAUUACAUUUAUUUCGAAUCUUUGUUUUAUAACAUGUUUGUUGUUAAGCUACUACAUGUAUAUCUCUUAUACACAGGUUGUAAAAUGUUCUUUGCUAGAUAGUCAGGUCAUUUUAAGCAUUGUUUUGAAAUACUCUGAUUUCAGCCAAGCUGUUGAUGAUGAUGGAUUUGGCACAGGUAAUCUAGAUCUAGACGAGUUUGCUGGAGAAACUCAACAGACUGUCCCAGAUAUGGAUGGUGGCUGGGCUUGGGUUGUACUUUUUGCAGCGUUCUGUUCAUUAGCUCUGACUGGUGCUACAACUUUCACAGCAGGUAGUUAUACAUAUCUCCUACAACUUUAAUAUAUAUAUUUAUAUAUAUAACUUUUUAUGUAUAUUAUCUACUAGGUAGUUUUUAGUCAUGAUUUCUUUUUUCAUACUUGUAAAACCUCACCUGUACAAAAAAAAUUGCUGCAGAAACCUCAACGAGAAGAAAAAAAACAAACAAUUUCAACCCUGAUUCUUUCCCAAGAAGAGUUAUGAAGCCUUGUGGCCAAAGCCAGGUUAUACGAGAAGCCUCAAAGCCGAAAACCCUCCUUUCAAAUGCAAAAGAUGGAGGUGGAUAGGGCACACUCUUCGUCGUAAACCCCCAUAUAACGUCAUCUAACACGAUCCCUAACAUAUACUCCUUGAGAGAUAAGGGAAGAGAGGAAGGCCAAAGAACACAUGGAGACACUAGCUAGAGGCAGACACUCCAAGUAUUGGAUACACCCGGAAGCAACUGGAAGCAACUGGAAAGGGAAACAGUUUCGAGAUGAAUAGAAAAAUUAUUGUAGACAGCCUAUGCCCCAGGCAGGGUAAAAGGCAUAAGAAGAAGAAGAUUGAAUUUCUUUCUACUUCUACAUUAAUUGACAUUUCUAUUCAAGCAAGUCAUACAAAAGAAUUAAAAUAAUUUAUUAUUUGAUUUGAACAAUGAAAUGUAAGAAAUUAAUUAAUCAUUUUUCCUUUUACUGUAUGUUUAUUUAACUAUAAUAAUGAAUAAGUACAGCGAAUUAUUUAUUCUGUUAUGUUGUUGCAGGUGUUUUAAUGUCAGCUAUCUUGGAACAAAUUGAAGAUGACAUAACUAAGGCCUCGUGGAUUGGAGCUGUACAUGUCAGUGUUUUAUGCAUGUCAGGUUUGUAGUGCUAAAGGUUGCUUGCAGCUAAAUAUUCAGACAUAUUCCAUUCUAGCAGUUAACUAUUUUACUUUUUUUUUUUUUAAACUUUAUUUUUUUGUCUUUUAAUUUCUUGUUACCCGGUACUGUCAUAAACCUAAAAAUGAAAAAAAGCUCCACAUUCCUUCACAGGUCCAUUUGUAGGCAUAGUGCUGUCUCGUCUUGGUUCCCGGUGGACAGUGUUUUGUGCUGGCUUAAUCCUGUCCUCAGGCCUCAUUGGUGCUUCGUUUGCCACAACAAUUGGACAGUUGAUCAUUUCCCAUGGACUUGUUGCAGGUACCAUAAUUUAUUAUUUUUUAUCUUUGAUUUUUUUGAAAUAACAACACUUACAAAUAUUUUAGAUUAAGGUUACUUUCAUUUAAAAUCUGGAUCUCCGGAGAGAUAAGUGUUUAAAAAAAACUAUUGCAAGCUUAAUUUGAACUUCAGCUCUUUGCUACCAUCUUUUUUGCUUAUUUGUCCAUCAUCUCAUUUCAGGCAUGGGUUCUGGCUUUAUAUUAAACACCAUGUUUGUGACCGUUGGUCAGUAUUUCAAUCGUUAUAGAGGUUUGGCCUGUGGAUUAUUGGCAACUGGGUCAGGCGCAGGCAUGUUGGCAGGUAUUUGAGAACUCAUAGUUUUUUUUAAAGGUUUUAUUUUGAAUCCUCUCGGUCAGGACUAAUCUUGCAUUUAUAAAUAUUUUACAAAUAAAAUUUAAUGCAAAGCAUCAGUCAAGUAUAUUUAUUUUAAAAUCUAUUUAAGGGACAUUGGUCUCAAUAUGCUAUCAGUUAUUUUAUGAUCUAUUUUUCUUAACCAACUAAUAAAUAAUGUAUCUCUACUGAGUUUCUUUUUUUAUUACUUUGUAAAAUAAUACAUUUUAUGAAACAGCCUUUGUCAUUCUUUGUUGUCUUGUUGUUUCUUAACCAGGUGGAAAUGCACUUAAUCUUUUGUUUAAAAGCUAUGGUUUAAGUGGCACAUACCUGCUGUGGGGUGGCAUAACAUGCCACACCAUGGUGUUUGGCUUACUGCUGCGCCCAUCUCCAGAGGAGCGCUUGAGGGAGGCAGAAAAGCAAAUGGCAAAAGAACCUGAAAGGUUUAAUAUCAUCAGUCAACAAGACUUGAGGAGUGGACGCAAUAGUGUGAUUAGUGGUCUGAAUAGUCAGUACAGUGGUGGAGACCAGCAGAGUAUUUUCAGUGGUGGGCCUGGUCGAAAGCUGCAGAGAUACCCUAGUAAACAUAGCAAAGGGGAUUUAAGUGUUGCUCCAUUAUUGAAAGCUGUACUCCACAAAGAAAUGUCUCGCUCUAGCUAUUCAGUUGCAACGAAUCGUUCCAGAAAAUCUCAAAAAAAAUCUGCGCCUCCUGCUAGCCCCUCUACAGGGAGUAAAUUUACAUUUGGCCCUGCCAAUCCUGCUAAUGAUGCCUCUGGGACCUCUACUCCAGGUGCCACGCCAAUGUCCCACAACCCUCACACUUUCAGCCCCUUCACCUCUCAAGAUCAAGGGGAUCAGGCAUCACCCAACAAAAAGCUUGGUUCACAGAAUCAAGAAAGUGUCUUCUUAUCCAGUUCAACUUUAGGAAACACUAACAUUCCUGAAAGUGAUACCUCCAGUGUCAUCCACGCUCCUUCAUCUCCCUCCAACAGCCAGGCGCCCACUGAAUAUGGGCGUUCAUUCCGUCGUCGCCUGUUGUCUCAGUCUUCGCAGGCUCAGUCUCAAUAUUCUAUCAGCCGCCUGAGCCAGCGUCCCUCAAUAAGAGAGCAGUUGCAGAGGAAUGAUUUAGACAAUGAAUCUUUGGCUUCGACUUUAGUUUCUCACCUCCAACCACGAGAUGCUUUGACACCUCGACACAGGCUUGGCUCUCGUAGCAUCUCAUCAAUGAUGGGCAGCAUCUCCAGCUUUCCUACUGCCCUUGCUAUUGUCAAAGAUGACUUAUCAAGACUAGAGAAUGUGGAUGGGCCUAUGAAUAAGGUAAGUCAUUGAUAAUUUUGUUUCUAGCUUGGGGUCAUAUUAUGGUUUUUCAGUCGUUACAAUUACAUUUUAGAUCCCAUUUCACUAAAAAUAAAUAUUAUGUUUUAAUUCUGAAAAAGGGCCACCUUCAGAGUAAAGGGAAGUUGCUUUUGUCUUCAUAAAAUACUUGUUAAUUUGCAUAAGACAAGAAUAGAACCAGAAUAAUACAACCUAUCAAUGAUUUUACAUUAAAUUAUGUUAAUCAUUUGUUGUUGUUUUUUUAAUUUAAUAGAUACUGUAUCUUUUUAUUAUAACUCUUAUUUCCACCUUGUCCUUCUCCAGACCAUAGAGCAACAUCUAUCUGCUCUAUUUGAUUCACUACGUCUGCUGAAACAUAAAUCAUUUUUAGUGUUCAUCACAACAAGUUUCUUGUGGGCUUUUGGUGAAUCUCCUUUUACAAUGUAUCUCCCUGCUUACUCCAUAAGGUAAAUUAUGCUGGGUUUUUUUUUGGUUUUUUUAUUAAAGGGGUGGGGAAUCACCCAGCUUCUGAGUUAUUUUUGUUUCUACUGUAGUUAGUUCUUAAAUAAGAAAAUGAAACAGAUGAAAUCAUUUUAAUCAAUUAAAAUAUUGAUUAACGAUAACAAUAAAAUAAUUUUGACCCUAAGAACUUUUUUAUACAAAAAAAAAAAGAAUCUUCCUCAGUUUCACUGCUGAAAUAUUUGAAAUGUUAUGUUUUUGUGGGGCGGGGUUUUACGUUUAAAAAAAAAUUAUUUCUAAUUUAUUUUUUCCAAAUUAUCAGCAAAGGGACUUCAGUAACUCAGGCCUCAUCCUUAUACACAGGAAUGGGAUUUGGCUCCAUGUGUGGAAGAUUUUUAUCAGGGCUGGUGGCAAGUGAUAGUGGCGUUGGCCCUAUUCUUUUACACAUUGGUGUGUUGCCUCAGUAUUUUCUAACAAAAAAAUUAAUCUAGGAAUAGAUAGCUGUUAUUAAAAUAAUUUUUCAACUUUAAACCAAUUUUAACUAAUUUUAAUUAUUUUUUUUUAAUAAAACUAUGAUGACUAAUGAAUCUAAAUGAAAAUACAUCAAUUGAAAAAAAUUUCUAUAGCAACUUCAACUUAUCAACAAAGUAAACUUGAAAAUAUGUUAUCCAAAUAUAUAUUUUUUAUUCAAACUACUAGAAUUUUUUUUUAAUAGCUGUUACAGUGACUUCCAGGUCAUUUCCCAGAAAAUUUUCUAAUUAUUAAAUUUCUGUUGACAGGCUGCCUGAGCAUAGGUGGACUAGUAAUUGCAUUGUCUCCAUUCAUCUCAGACGAUUACACUCAACAAAUGAUCUGUGCUGGCCUGUUUGGCCUGUACACUGGUUCACUUGUGCCCUUGUCCUCUCUGAUAACUAUAGAGCUUUUGGGCAUUGGAGAACUUGGAUUGGGAUUUGGAUUUUUGUCCUUGUUUCAGGGCGUUGGCUACCUGCUAGGUCCACCUGUUGGAGGUAAUAUGUCUUCCUGAUUGUUGGGUUUAUGUUAUUGAUUAUUGUACAGAUAUUUGAUUUCCCCUGAUUGAUACAGAAAGCCUAGUGUAUCCAACUUUCGUAUGAAAUUGGAUCAUCUCUUUUUUGCUAGAGGCUACUAAUGCAAGGAUUUUGUAGUUAAAAGCUUGAGAAUAUUUUAGGAAAAAUUAACAUGCUCUUAUUUAUUCUGUUGACUUUUAUUUAAACUUAUUUUAACUUCAAGUUUUAUAAUAGAAAACCACAGAUUUGGAGAGUUAUAGUUGCCUGUACCACUUUUGAGGUACAUUGAAGCAAACUUUGUUUUCUACUCUGUACUUCUUCUUCUUCUUAUGCCUUUUUACCCCGUCUGGGGCAUAGGCGUCCACAAGAAUUUUCCAUUCAUCACAGUCCUGUGCUUUUCUUUACAGUUGGUUCCAGGUGUAUCCCAUACUUUACGUGUCUGCCUCUAGCUUGCGUCACCAUGUACUCUUUGGCCUUCCUCUCUUUCUUUUUCCCUUUGGAUUCCAUGUUAGGGAUUGUCUAAUGAUGCUAUCUUGUGGUUUUGGGGGACUAUGCCCUAUCCAACUCUAUCUUUUCUUUAUGAUUUAUUCAUCAAUGGGUACCUGGGAAGUCCUUUUUAGUAGAUCUUUGUUGGUGAUGGUAUUUGGCCAUUUGAUGUUCAGGAUCUUUGUAAAGCAUCUGUUUAUGAAGGUCUGUUCUUUCUGCUUAAUGCUGGCUGUUGUUUUCCAAGUUUCUGCUCCAUACAGUAAAACUUUUUUGACAUUUGUGUUAAAGAUUCUGACUUUGAGUUGCAGCUUAAUCUCCUUUCACACCCAUAUUUUCUUUAAUAGCACAAAGCUGAUCUAGCUUUUCCAAUUCUUACAUCAGCGUUGGAUCCGCCAUUUAUGUCGAUGGUGCUGCAUAAGUAUGUGAAGGACUCCAUUUUUUCCAGUGCAUUUCCUGCCAGAGAGAUUUUCUCUUGGUUAGCUGAGUUUACCUUCAUGAUCUUUAUCUUGAUUUUAUUUAUAUUGAUUCCGAGCUGUGCUACGUCUUUUGCAUUGUUUGCUGGUUGUGGGACAGAAGUGCAAUGUCUUCUGCAAAGUCUAGGUCAUUAAUUUGUUCCCAGAGUGUCCACUGUAUCCCGUUUCUCUUUUUGCCUGUGAAUUUUUUCAUUAACCAGUCAUUGGCGAGAAUGAAUGAGAAGAGGGACAAGAGACAUCCUUGUCUGACUCCAGUUUCAACUUUAAAUUCGUCUGUGAGUCUACCUUCGUGUACCACCCUGCAUAUCAUUUCUUCAUAAGAACUCUGAAUGAUCCAGACUAGUUUUCCUAGUGUUCCAUGGGGCCUAAGAAGUUUCCACAAAGUUUGUCGAUCCAGGCUAUCAAAGGUCUGUACAUAUCACUAUCAAAUUUGUCCAUGAUUUAAUCAAAACAUUUUAAUCAUGCCCAUCAUUCUUUCAUAUUUCAGGUGUAUUUGUGAAACUGGUUGGCUAUGGAAACGCUCUCUCUAUUUCAGGUGUGUAGCCCUUAACAUAAAUUAUUUAAAAAAUAUGGUAAAACUUUUUUAAGGUAAUUUUUUUUUGUAGCCAAAAGAGCAAAAAUCUUAUGUUGGAAAUUUUAUAAAAAUUGUGUGUGUUAAUCACAUCUAGUAGACCUUGCUUACACUGUCUUUAGAUCAUAGCAAUGUGUUAAAUGCUCCUCAUGCCAUUUCUGUCACAUACUAUUCAGGUUGCAUUGUGCUCUCUGCCAGUUUACUAGCUAUGACUAUACCCAUUUUACUGAGGAAUUCCCCAGAAAUUGAAGAUGAUCACGAUUCUUUAGAUGACCUUGAGAGAGCUCUCAGGAGAAUAUCGGCUUCUGAUGAUGGGGAUGGCAGCGAUGAGGAGACCUCAACCCAGGACGAACAGGGUCAGAAACUUUUGCUGAGUGGAUCUCAAAAUCUAGCAGCUGUGUUCAAGAAGAAGGAUGAUGGUCAAGGAGGUCCUGAAACAUCCCCACGCGAUGCAAGUGUUACCAUUUCAAUAAAGGAAGAUGCUCAUGAGGUGAUUCCUGAAGAGAAACCCUCAGAAUUACCAACCAUUGUGGAAGAAGCAGAGAAAAAGAGCCUUGGAGGGGAUUUAGAAUGA